UUAUUAGACCAUUCGAUAAGAGGCGUACCUGCUCGUCCACGGUCCGAUAACCGACACGGACACACAUGUCAUACUUACCGGCGACUUCAUCGCUGACUUUUGCCGGGUCGGCUAAUAAAUACCGGAUGACCCUGUCACGGUUACCGUACACCAACAAUGAACCGCAUACAUGCAACAUUGGCGUUGUUGGCGGCCACGGCUGCCGUCAGCGACGGUCUUAAUAGACAAUCGACGAGCAAAGAGCGCUCAUCGGCCGCCAGUUUUUCCAAGUGGAUAGCGCAAAGGAUCGACAACACCUUGAGGCGGUUGAACGACCAACAAGACUUGCAAGUGGUCGACGGCGUGCACUUGAUCAAAACCAAAACCUAUUCCCCCCGACCAGCCGGGAACGCAACGGAUGAUAUAACGGAGAGAUUAUCUUCGUUUAUGGACAGCCGAUCUUUGAGUAUCGACUUGCAGACCUUAGACCGUCAAGUCGGAGUAGAAGGCCGCAGACGACACGCUUACCGCAGAGUGUUCCCGAUCAUUGUGAGUACUUACAUGGUCAUGUCGGCCAUCCUCAUACCGUUAGGGUUCAUGUUCAUGUCGACGCUCGGCGGUAUGGCGCUGUUGGUCAGCAAAAUCUCGCUGAUGGUGUCGCUCAUGUCCAACAUAAAAAAGAUGUUCUCCUACGAGUACUACUUGCCGCCUCCAGCACAGGCCCAAGCACCGGCUCAUCAUCCCUGGAAGAGAAACUUGCAAGUCCGACACACGACCAAAGACGGCCACCGGCGGAUGUACGCGCGUCACAUGCCGCCUUAUUAGUGUAGCUAGUUAAUAUAUGACCAAUAAUGAAGUGAUGAGAAUCAAAAGGAGGACACAAGUGAUCACAAGUAGAAUUUUUUACAAGAAAGCAAAAUUAAAAUUACACCCAAUUCCAAAACGGAUGGCGUCCAGUAGUUUUUUUCUUCCUUCGAAUAUCCCUAACAUCACCAAGGGGACACUAUCGCAAGAGUCUAAAUUGUGAAUGUAGAAAAAAUGUAAAACGACUUACAAGUACAAAUAGUUAAAGGUUUCAUUGGCAAUAUUAAUCAACGGUCAGAGACUCGUUUUUAAUUUGUUCACUUUUAUCCUUUUGAUUCUCAUUACUUGAUAUCAUAACACACUCAAUGCUGUUAUAAUAGUAUCCAAUAAGUAUGUAUAUUCUGUUAGUAUCGGACGUUAACCCGAGAAGCAAUUAAUUUUGCCAAAUGCUGUUGUUUAAAGCCAAUUCUGUUAUAAAUAUAUACACAAUCGAUUAUUAAAGUAAAAUGUGACGACUAACAAAUGUGUUAAAGGUUUGCUCGACCAGCAUGUGUGUAAAAUAUUAACUAAUUUUCACUUAGUUAUUCAUUUAGAGUCCAUACAAACAAUAAGGUCAAAACUCAUCUAAGGUUUCAUCCUCGGCUACUACAAUAGUACCGGUGUAUGUAUUAUAAAACUUGUAUACGCAUUUAUAAUAUGUCCAUAACAAUAGAUAGUAAAUAGUAAUUAUAAUAACUAAUGUUUGAUUAUUUUUUAAAUUAAUUAAACAAUAAUAUCAUUAUAUUUAAAUAUGGCUUAGUAAUUUAC